CGUAGCCUAUCAUUGUAAUUCUGUUGUAAGGAAAUCGCAGAUUGGUAUGCGAAUAGAAUAAGUGAACAGGUAAACCUACUGGCAGUGACAAAAUGAGUCUCUGAGUAGUAGGAUAUCUAUCAAUAAUUUCAAGAAGUCUCAUUUUCGGUAGCCUAUUUCUGAAUGAGAGUGGAUGAACCGGCGCAAAGAUGGUGGCAUUUGCGGUAAGCAAGAAGAAGGUUUGGAAACCGUUAGUCCUGGACCUAUGACUGUCAAUAAUAAGUCAACAAGAGGCGCAGAAAGAAAUACGUUUGAGAACGUAGGCUAUAUUGUUUUUUAGGCAACAAGCUGUUGAAUUGUUUUGUGAAGUCAUGAGCAAUUUUAAGGACAUUAAGUCGACUACCCGUCGAUUGAGCUCGGAUAAUAAUUCCGUGAGCAGCAAUGACUGGGAUAUGGCCAAUGAUGUGUUUGUGUCCUGCUACGAGGAACCGAUGGGAGAGACUAUGCACGGGGAGAUGGACUCGGUCCAGUCCGGCUUGGAAAUGCACCUGCCUCCGCUGCUGCUAGGCGAUCAUCGUUUAUCUCAAGACGGCAUGAUAUUGGGCCUAGUAGAGGAAACUUACUCGGGCUAUCACUCUCUCUCCGACUCGGGGACAGGCUAUUUGGACAUCACAAACGACCUGAAGUACACCGAAAGUGAUGGGAAUGUGACUACAAAGAAGCGGAACCGCUCCAACAGUUCCAGGCACCGUGGGGAGGUCGUCACCGAGCUGGGACCCGAGGAAGUGCGAUGGUUCUACAAAGAGGACAAGAGAACCUGGAAGCCAUUUGUUGGACACGACUCUUUGAAAAUUGAAGUAAUUUACCGCAAAUUAUGUGAAAUAAACCCCUGCAAGGUGAAAUGUCGCAGUCCCGCCACCGAACCAGAGGACGCCAAUGGGUCAGCCACUGGGUCCGAGGCCCAACCGGAGAAUGUGGCGGAGGGGGGAGCCGUUCAAGCGGAGCCGGCAACAGGGGAUCGGGAAGGUGGAGGGGAGGGAGGAUACGAGACGGAUGAAAUCGACCUGGAUUCCAUAAGUGUCAACAUUGAGGCUGUUUGCGUAAGAGGGGGUCUCUAUGAGGUGGAUGUCAAAGAGAAAGAAUGUUACCCCGUCUACUGGAACCAGCAGGACCGUAUUCCUGUGAUGAGGGGCCAGUGGUUCAUCGACGGCACAUGGCUUCCUCUGGAGGAGGACGAGAGUGACCUCAUCGAGCUAGAGCACCUGGCCCAUUUUCGUGGCCACCAGAUGAGGGAGAUCUACGAGACCGCCACCGAAGUGGUGACCACCACAGUGGACAGCAAGGACGGUAAAGUGGAUGGACUCAAUGCAAUCCACAGUUUGAAACUAAGCCGAAGCCAUGUGGACUGGCACAGUGUGGACGAGGUGUAUCUCUACAGUGACGCCACCACCUCCAAGAUCGCACGGACUGUCACCCAGAGACUGGGCUUCUCCAAAGCUGGCAGUAGUGGAACGCGUCUCCAUCGGGGCUAUGUGGAGGAGGCAGCGCCCGAAGACACACCGCCCGAAACAACACACAUUGUCUUUGUGGUGCAUGGGAUUGGCCAGAAGAUGGAUCAGGGCCGUAUCAUCAGGAACACAAGCAUGAUGAGGGACGCUGCUAGGAAGAUGGAGGAGAAGCAUUUCUCAGAUCGUUCCACAGAGCAUGUGGAGUUCCUUCCUGUGGAGUGGAGGUCUAAACUGUGCCUGGAUGGUGACACUGUUGACUCCAUCACUCCAGACAAAGUUCGAGGACUCAGGGACAUGCUCAACAGCAGUGCAAUGGACAUCAUGUACUACACCAGCCCUCUGUACAGAGACGAGAUCACUAGGGGUCUAACUCAGGAGCUGAAUCGUCUAUACACACUCUUCUGCAUGCGGAACCCUGAGUUUGAGGAGAGUGGCAGGGUGUCCAUCGUGUCCCACUCCCUGGGUUGUGUCAUAACCUUCGACAUCAUGACAGGCUGGGACCCCGUACGCUUCCAUCAUGAAGAACGAUCGCCGGACCCAAAAGAGAUGCAAGAGUGCUGGCCAAGCUAUCAGGAGCGUCAACUACAAGAGGAGCUGAGACUCACACGACUCAGGUUACGGGAUUUGGAAAAUCAGUUUGCUGGUUUGCAAUCCCCAUCAUCUGAAGGUUCUUCUUCAGCCUUGAAAUUUAAGGUGGAGAACUUCUUUUGCAUGGGUUCUCCGCUGGCCGUGUUCUUGGCGUUGCGAGGGAUCCGACCGGGGAACAAUGUGACCCAGGAUCACAUCUUACCCAAAUCCAUCUGCCAACGUCUCUUCAAUGUUUUUCAUCCUACCGACCCUGUGGCGUACCGAUUGGAGCCGCUGAUCUUAAAGAACUACAGUAACAUUUCACCUGUCCAAAUACACUGGUAUAACACAAGUAGCCCGACUCCGUACGACCAGAUCCGUCCCACGCUUCUCAACCCUGCACUGAAGGAAACUGCAUCUGUCUCGGACACGGAGAGCCUCCCUAGCCCCUGUACCUCCCCUCCUCAGGCCCGAAGACACUACGGAGAGUCCAUUACAAACCUGGGGAAAGCCAGCAUUAUGGGCGCGGCAAGUCUCGGUAAAGGCAUCGGCGGGAUCUUCUUCUCCCGCUUCUCACGCUCAAGUGGUCAUGUGGGCGGCGUGGAGGAGGAGCCUUCCGACUCGGAGGGUGGGGUCUCGGAGGUGGAUAAUGCCAUAUCGGGAGAGGAGGGCGUGGCUGCGGAGUUAGAGGAGAAGUUACAGGUAGUCGAGGAGACGAGGGAAAUAGAGCACUCCAUGUCUCGUUCCACCUCGGCUAUCCUGGACAACACCACAUUGGAGUUGGAGAGGCGUAUUGACUUUGAGCUGCGAGAGGGCAUGGUGGAGAGCCGCUAUUGGUCGGCGGUGACCUCUCACACUGCCUAUUGGUGUUCACACGACGUGGCACUAUUUCUUCUCACUUUCAUGUAUAGACAGGAGUAUCCCACUCAGCUCUCUGAGGAUAACCCAGAGUUAUCGUAACCCACAGCCAACACACACACACGCAAACACACACACUUGAUCUUGCAACCAGACCGAGGAGACAUAACUGUGUAUCAGAGACCACUCCACAGCCUGUGGUCAGCCUGUGGUCAUCUCGUCAGAGACCUUUCCCUUUACUCUAUGGUUCUAAUAGUGACUGUUCCUCUAAUGGUCCCAAUGCUGUCAAUUCAUCCACCAUGUGGGUUUAUUGAAUACUGUCUCCCCUCCAAAGCACCCACCAACCCCAAUUAAGACUGUUCCUCUUUCCUGUGACUGUAAACGAUGACUGUGUCUCUAGGACUGUGUUGGUGUCGGACACAGCUUUGACUCGGUCUGUGGGACUCCUGAGACUGUAGCCACGGCUCAAGCCUAACCUCUCUCAACUCUGAGCAUCAACACUCAUUCAGAUGUUUAGCCUGUUGAGAGAGUUACAUUCAAAUCCAUCCCUUCAUGGUCUGAAUGCCUCAGAGAAGAACAUUGAAACCCAUUCAAUUUCAUCGUUUGAUUUCAACCCGUCAGGUCAAUCAAAGUGGAUUGUUAUGGAAGGGUUGAAGUAGCCAGACGGAACGCUGCACUCACCAUUGUUUUAUCUGUUCAGUCUGGUUUAACCAGGCUAGGGUUGAAGCCCCUUUAAUGAUGACGGCAUUGGACUGGAGCAUACUUAUAAAAUGCAGCCCUAUAUACUAACUGUACUGCUACGAUGAUGUGGGGAGUCGCCAAAUUGUUAUAUGUCAUGUUCCCAUGUUUACACAUGUUUACACAUGUUUACACUAACUGACUAACUGCAAGACUAACUGAAAGAUACUAAUGUUGGAUACACAACUUUAGCAAAGUUGCCAAAUAAUUAUAUAAUAUAAUAUGCCAUUUAGCAGACGCUUUUAUCCAAAGCGACUUACAGUCAUGUGUGCAUACAUUU